UUUGUGCUCCAAACAGACAAGGUCCUGACGGAGAAGAGAAAGCUGUUAAUCCGUUCUUUGGAUGAAGGUACAAUAAAUGGCUUACUGGGUGAAUUAUUCGAGACAAGGGUGCUGAAUCAGGAAGAGAUAGAGAUAGUAAAAUGUAAAAAUGCUACAGUUAUGGAUAAGACCCGAGCUUUGCUUGACUCUGUUAUUCUGAAAGGGGCUCCGGCAUGCCAAAUUUGUGUCACAUACAUUUAUGAAGAAGGCAGUCACCUGGCAGGGACACUGCGACUCUCAGCAGGUCCAACAUCUGGAAAUCACCUUACUACAGAAGAUUCUCAACUAGUACUUCCUUCCUUUGCAGCUCCUCAGGCAGUGCCAGUGUGGGGCAACCCUGCUAUGCCUACAUCCUCAGGCUUAGGAAGAAGCGUCAAGCUUUGCUCCCUAGACGAAACUAAAAGGAUACGGAAAGAAAAGUCAACAGAGAUUUAUCCAAUAAUGGACAAGUCAAGUCGCACACGUCUUGCUCUCAUUAUCUGCAAUGAAGAGUCUGACAGUCUUUCUAAAAGAGUGGGAGCUGAGGUUGACAUCAUAGGCAUAACAAUGCUGCUACAAAAUCUGGGGUACAAGGUGGAUGUGAAAAGAAAUCUCACUGCUUCGGUAAAGUCUAUUAUACCAUAGAGACAACGGUCACGCCCUUUGUGUAACUAAAUAAUAUUAGAAAGUUUGAUUGUAGGACCAAGGAAUAUAAUCUUUUGAUUAUCUAAAAUAUAAACUUCCCAUGAGAGGGUGCUGUAU